UUAAUUGCCUUUAACAAAUGCAAAUGUAGGAGGUGGAUACAGCGAUGACUCAUCAAUGUCUUCAACAGAAAUGAAUAAGAUUGGAGUAAAAUCUGGUCUGCAGUUUUCCGGGUUUUCAACCUUUUGCAGAAUUGCGGCCAAUCGAAGGAGUACCUUCCUUCUCGAGAGUUGUACCCUGAGUUUGCAGUAGGUUAGGUAGACUGAACAGUAUAUGUAACCGUACUGGGUCACGAAAAAGACGCACCUUGCUUCACAUUUGUGUCGUCUGAAUAGUCCCCACACUCUCUCCUACCGUCCUGUCUUAUGCACCGAACGUUUUGCAAUUUUUGAGUGAGAAAGGAUCCUCUGCGUGUAGACGGGCGGUCGGACGGGCGGGCUAUUGCAGAUCAACGGAAUUCUGGUUUUUGUUCUUGCUGUUCUUUUUCUUUGCGUUUCGUCAAUUCAUUGGUGGCUCUUGGGGUUCUUUUGAUUUUGAUUUUGAUUUUUGGUGGUGGAGGUUUGCUAUUUAUGAAAUUUUGUGAUGGAGUGUGUGGGGAGGAGGGUGAUGAAGAGCUUGGAAGGGGGCGAUGCAGUUUUCGGUAUGGUUCGGGCUUACGAACCGGCGACUGGGAAUUGUAAGAUCGUGUACGACGGCGGGGAUUCCGAGGAGGUGCAUUGGUCGGGGGUUUAUUCGUUCCUGGUACCCGCCGAGGCCCCACCUCUGCCGCCGUCGGGGUCGGAUGGUGAGGCGGCGAAUAAGCGGCGCCGUGUAGGCAAUGAAGGAGUUGGUGAUGGGAAUUCAGUUGGUGGGAGUGGCGUUUGUUGCAAUCCGGUGGGUGGAAAUGGCGAUUCAGCGAAAUCUUGCCGAGGUUUGAAUAAAGGAUUUGAUCUGAACCAGGCGCCCAUUGAUUGCUCCAGUGAUGAUGAACUCCGCGGGAAUGCGGUUGGCUUUGAUUUGAAUGAGGCAGUGUGCACUGAAUUGGAUGAAAGAUUACAAUCGAAUGAAGGAGUUUCAGCACAGAGUUCGCGAGCAAACAGAGAAAUCUUGGAUUUGAAUUCUGAUGCAAAUGAAGCUCUUGGAAGUGAGGGGAGGGGAGUCCGAUUCUUUGACUUGAAUUUACAAUACAAAGAAGAAAAGGAACAGGAAAGGGGGAGUCAAUUUGAAUCAAUUCAUAGGAUUUGUGGGGAAGAGGAUGUGCAGGCAAGGGGGGAGUUGAUGGAUGAUCAUAGAGCAAGAGGCAACUCCCCUAAUAAUGUGGCUGGGGAUGAAAUUCCCCCACAAAGUGCACAAAGGAAGAGCAGGGGUAAAAAGAGAAAGGAUCCACCCAAUAAAGAUGCUGAAUUGGUCAAAUCAGAGUUGCCAAAGGUGGAUCCUGAAGCUGGCCAAGAGAACCUACCCCUGAGAAGAAAGGGCAAGAAGAGAAAGGAGGUGCCGGGGAAUGAUAAUGCUCAACCUUUGCCGGUGGCACAACCGAAACGGAGCAAUCAUCGGGCGAGGCGGGCUGCAGCCUCAAGCUCAUAUCAAGUUUUUGAUGCGCUGAGCUCUGCAGCGCUUCCUCCAAAGGUGGAGCUGCCGCCUUCCUCCUGCAAUCUGGACCUCUGUGGAGUAUCAGUGGCCGAUCUUGUUUCGGUUUAUUCAUUUCUGAGGUCCUUUAGCACAUUAUUAUUUUUGAGUCCUUUCGAGUUUGAUGACUUUUUGCUAUCUGUUAAAGCUGAGGACUCAACAUUAUUGUUCGACUCCAUCCAUGUUUCCCUUUUAAGAACAUUAAAGAAACAUUUGGAGUCGUUGUCUGAGGAAGGUUCUCUUUCUGCUUCCAACUGUCUCAGGUCAUUGAACUGGAAUUUCCUUGAUGUUGUGACCUGGCCUAUGUUUGCCCUGCUGUAUAUAUCUUUUCACAGGCCUGUUUAUGGUCCUGGAUUGGCUGUUGAUCAAUAUUUGCAGAAUAACUACUACAAACAGCCAAUAUCAACAAAAGUUGAUAUACUUCAACAUUUCUGUGAUGACAUUACAGAAAUGAAAGUAUUCAGGACAGAAAUAAACAGAAGGCUGUUGGAAACAGAGCGAUCCACAGGUUUCGAACACAAUAUAAAAAUGGGUCGCUCUACAAGAAGAAAGCCAGUCGGGGAUGUUGCUAGCAUCUCAUGCGUAACCGAGGAGGAUGCUGAGGAACUGACAGACGGAAACAAUGAUGAGUGCCGUCUCUGCCAUAUGGAAGGCAACUUGAUAUGCUGUGAUGGCUGUCCUGCAGCAUUCCAUUCACGGUGCGUAGGGGUUGUUAGUAGCUUGUUGCCAGACGGGGACUGGUACUGCCCUGAAUGCACCAUAGCUAAAGAUAGGCCCUGGAUGAUACUGAGAAAUCCGGUCAGAGGACAAGAAUUGCUGGGUAUCGAUCCUCAUGGAAGGGCAUAUUACAACAGCUGUGGUUACCUGCUGGUAAUGGAGUCUUGGAAAGAUGAUUGCUUGUAUCGGUUCUACAACAGAAACGACUUGGCCACUCUUAUUGAAGCUCUGGAAUCAACACCAUUUAUCUACAACUCAAUAAUAAAUUCUGUGUGUAAAACUUGGAAUGUAGUUCAUGUAGCUGUUGGGGUAAGAAAUGAUUUGGAUGAUCGUUCGUACUCUAUACAGUCAGCUUUUCCCGAAAGCAGACAACUGCUUGACAAUGAGACUUUUGCUGAGAGGUCUCGUGAAAAGUCAAUGCCUGCAAAUUCAAGUUGUGCAGAACCAGUAAAUGCUGGUCUGGGCACUGUUCAGCUGGAGACUGAAACCCAUGGAGUGAGAUUGGAUUUGGCAAGUCCGGAAUGUUCAGCCGAAGUAUCUCAGACAUCUAUAAAGCCUGAUUCUUUAAGUGAAGCUGGGUUGGCUUGUUCAGAAAAGGGCGCUGAUCAUUUUCAUUCUCCAGGGAGGCUUGAGAAUGCUGGGAAUCACUGUAUGGUUUCAACUUCUCUGGAUGCUGAAAAAGGCAGAAACUUUAGUUUGGAGUGUUCUGCACCUCACAAUGAAAACUCAGGAGUUCUGUCUAAAGUUCAACACGAGGCAAAUUAUGUCAACCAUUAUGAAUUGGCUAAAACUGCAUCAUCAUAUUUUGAAAAUAUGACCUGUAAAUCUUCUGAUAAUAUCUCUGAAGAUGCUACAAAAUCUAUUGAAGAAAAUGUAGCAGGACAACUGAAGGUUGUGUCAAACAGAUGUGCUGAAUUUUCUUGGUCAAAUAUUCAAACUUCAAAUUUGGUCUCCAGGAGAGAGAGCUGUGGGUGGUGUUGCCAUUGUAGAGUUCCAGAAGACGAAAGGGAUUGCUUAUUUUUUAUGAACGAUAGUAUUCCUGCUGUGGAAAGUUAUACCUGCAAUGCUUUGGGAUUUCAGUCAAGAAAUAGUAACAAUAAUCAUCUUAUUGAUAUCAAGUGCCAUUAUGUAUGCAUUGAAGAUCACCUGCACGGUCUUCUGUUGGGCCCAUGGUUAAAUCCCCAGUAUUCUAUGGUUUGGCGUAAAAGUGUUCUAGAAGCAAACAACAUUACAUCAUUGAAAUAUUUGUUGUUAAAGUUGGAGUCAAAUUUGCAUCAUCUAGCACUUUCUUCUGAAUGGCAAAAGCAUGUGGAUUCUGCAGUUACAAUGGGCUCUGCUUAUCAUUUUGUCAAUAAUUCUGCUCGUCGUGUUCGAGUGUCAUUGAAACAUGAAAGUGGCAGGAAAAGAACGAAUCCAUCCAAGGUUAAGACUGUCUCAUCUUCGAAAGCUGCAUCAGGGAUGCGUUUACUCUGGUGGAGAGGUAGAAGGAUCUCACAUACACUUUUCAAUUGGAAAGUUUUGCCUUUGUCUUUGGCUUCCAAAGCUGCUCGCCAAGGUGGCUGUAAGAAGAUACCAGGCAUACUGUACCCUGAAAGUGGGGAGCAUGCCAAGAGAACCAAGUGUGUUUCCUGGAGAGCUGCAGUUGAGACAUCAAGAAAUUUGGAGCAGCUUGCCCUCCAGGUUAGAGAGCUUGAUGCCAAUAUUAAAUGGGAUGAAAUUGGUAAUAACAGACUUCUCGCAAAGGUGGGCAAGGAGGCUAAGAAUUCACUUAGGUCAUUUAAGAAGGUUAUAAUCCGGAGGAAAUGCUCCGAGGGAACUGCAGUAAAGUACCUUCUAGAUUUUGGUAAAAGAAGAUUUAUUCCUGAUGUUGCUGUGAUACAUGGAUCCAUGGUUGAAGAUUCCUCAAGUGAAAGGAAGAAAUACUGGCUGGAAGAAUCUCAUGUUCCAUUGCAUCUCCUAAAAGCUUUUGAAGAGAAAAGAAUCGCUCGUAACUGUGAUGUUGCAAAUGCUGGAAAACUUGGUGAGAGCAGUGAAGUCAUUAUUAAACCCUUCAGGAACAAAGGAUUUUCUUAUCUCUUCUCAAGGGCUGAAACAUCUGAGCAAAUUCAAUGCGGGCAUUGUGACGAAGAUGUUUUAAUCAGUGAAGCAGUUAGCUGUCAGUAUUGUCAAGGAUUUUUUCAUAAGAAACAUGUUCAGAAAUCAGCUGAAUCUGUCAGUGCAUAUACUUGCCGUAAAUGCCUUGGUGGUGAGCCUGUGAAGGUUGAUACAGGAAAUAGGAAAUCUGGGUUCCCAAAAGUUAAGAAUGCAUCAAAAGCAUCAAAACCUUCUGGGAAAGGGAAAAAAAGGGGAGAAGGGGAACAGCCUGUGGAUUCUAGAAACACAAGAACAGUUCCGUUAGUUACUCCCUUGCGGUGUUCUGUGAGGAGCGCUGGACAAAAUGCUAGGCUUUAUUUGCAUAGUAUUUUAGUGAAAGAGCGCAAGAGGUGCAAAAGGGUUCAUUCAGAGGGUGCAAUAAAGAAGCCCAAAAAUAGUGUUCGGAAGAAGAAGAGGACUCCUGUUUAUAGCAGUUACUGGCUGCACGGUUUGAGAUUUUGCCGAAGACCAAAUGAUGAACGUUCAAUGAAUUUCAGAAAUCAAAUGCUUCUUGUGUCUUCUGGGGAGAUGAAUUUCAUCUGCGACAAACCAAAAUGCUGUCUCUGCAAGGAAUUGGAAUACAAGUCUGAGUUGAACUAUCUAGCUUGUGAGAUUUGUGGAGCUUGGUUCCAUGGAGAUGCAUUGAAUCUUACGGCUGAUAAAAUUGAACAUAUUAUCAGCUUCAAAUGCCAUAUGUGUCUCGAUAAGAGACCUCCUCUCUGCCCCCAUCAUUUUCCAGUAGGAAGCACAAAGGGUGAAUUUGUUUCAGAAAAUUAACCAGAGAUUGCACACACUGAUGAGCCUGCUAAUUGUUUGGUUUGUGUUGAUGAAAGAUCAACAGAGGUGCCAUCUGAUUGGAAUCUGAAUAGAUUAAUCUUUCUUCAACUGAUUGAAUCAGACGAGAGAUAGGACUUCUGCAUCAUCUGAGAAGAUUUUACCCCACAAUUAGUAUAUAAUGAAUCUGGUGAGGAAAGGGACAGAUAUUGAAUGCUGCUGAAACUGAAUCGACCACUCACAAUUCUUGACAUGGUCUGGGAAGCUGGAUAUCAGCCCUAGCUCAUAACCCUGUGAAUAAUGAUUUGACAAACGGUAGUAUUGCUUUGAAAUUUGGAGCAAAUAGAGCUCUUACUGACUCAUUUGGUAGCCUACAAAAACAAUUUUUUGGUGCCAAGCGAUGAGCCGUUUGGUGGUAUAGGGGAACAUAGAUUAGACUAGUGUUUAUACUUUUCCCUUAUCGAGGGAAUUUGUUAAUACUACAGACAUUGAAAAAAUCUAUUUUGUGAAACUUGAAACAUCAGCUGAAAUGCGAAAGGUCAUUGAGAUAAAUAUACUUGAAAUUUAAAGUUAAUAAAAGAUUAUUUGCAGUCACCUUUUUCCUUUCUUUUUUUUUCUUUUCAUAUCGAUAUUUCUCCUGUGUUAUACUUAUGAUUGAUUGCUUUAUCUAACUUUAUUCUAUGCCAUGCUUACGUUACUAUAAACACAGACAUGUAUGUGUGUGUGUGUGGAUACAGGUAUAUGCAUUUUAGCAGAACAUCUGUUUUUUAUGUGGUUUGUUUCUCGGGGACAUCGCGGUGCAUCAGAUGGUUGGAUCGACUAUGUCAUUCUCUGCUUGAGUACAAUUUUCCCUUUAUCGCCUGUUCAAAAGUUUGGUGUGGUAUUUUCUGUCAAACUCACUGAUGCAAACCUUGUUUGAUGGUUUCUGAUUUCUGUGUUUUAUUUUUAUGUAUUUAUUUAUUUAUUUUUCUUAUGACGAUGAUUUCUGUGUUUCAUUGAAUCAGCUGUUGCAGGCUCAAGUUGUAGUAUGAAAUGUGUCUUAAAAUUGGCUGUAAUUUUCCACUUUAAGUUUUACCAUUUCAUAUGCAUGUUGUGUGAAAGAACGAAUAUUUUGAGUACAUCUUGUUUCUUUUAUUUCCGUUGAACUCAAUAAUUUUGAUUGCUUUUUGACUGCUCAGAGUGUUUUUCCUUUACAUCAGAAACACUAUUAUAGAGCUUUAGUACCACAAUCUUAUUCAAUUGUAUUUAGUUUAUUUUCAAGUUUUCGCUAAGAGUACAAACAUUCAAGGAUUGGUGCUAAUUGAAUUUUUAUUUUUAGGAUCCAUUAUAUGUUUUGUACAAGGAAUAUAUUACCCCAGCUGGCCUAAGAUGAGCAUAACAGUAGAUCCCGAACACAGGAAUUGGAAGAUUCUUUUCUACUCUUUAUCAGUGAUCAAUUCAAUCUUUAAGUGGGCAUUUCUUGGUUGUGAUGUUCGUUUGCACUAUCUAUCUUUAGCAAGCCCAUCACAAUGAGGUCUUGUUUGAUUAAAAUAUGUACUGCUGGAAAUUCGAAGACUUGAAAAGACCCGGCGCAUAGCAUGAUGGUGGUGUUGGCUGAAGGUAAACACUACAUACGGCAAAGUUUGUUUAAGAUCCCUGUUUGAUCUGAUUAUGGUUUCCUUAUAAGGUAGAUUGUCAGAAAAAUAUGAUUAUCCUAGUUAACUAAACAAUCAGUUUGUUCUAGAAUGUCAUUAAACAACCGAUAGAAUGGAAACAUAAUUAGAUCAUUAUUGGAAUUUUAACCUUACAAAAUAGCAGAGGGCUAAAUGUACAGUUAAAUAUAAACUGUUGCUAAAUUUAAGUGUAUUUUUACCGUUUCAAGCCUCCCAGGGUUAAAUUUGAACAUCAGAGGUGUGUGGAAACAUAUGUUUGGACAUAUUGCAGGUAUAAAUAACACAAGCUUUGCCUUUUCUUGAAUCUUCUUCCUUGAUGCAUCGAAUUAAUCAUGUCUAAUUGUUACAGGAUAAGUUGUCUGUGUCUUCACCAUCCAUUGCGGAAUCAUGGAUGUAUUCUGAUGGUUGCCUGUGCUGCUGUUGGUCUUGUUGGAAUCAGAUAUAUAAAUUCACCUCUCAACACACAGGCAGCAGAGCCCCCUGGAGUGAUCAAGAAGGGGUAUUUUUCGCCAUUAAAGUGCCUGUCAUAGUGUUAACGCUUGUGUUCUUUUUUUUUUUUUGAAUAGUGGAUUGAAUAAGAUGUUUUGUGACUAUAACAGCAUAUGUUUACACGGACUUACUCUCUGUCCAGGAAAAUUAUGAAGAUUAAUAAAUAACAAUAAU